AUGGAGACGGAGAGCGAGAUGCACAUCCGGGCGGUGGCCAAGAGGGAGGCGGAGGAUGUUUGGGGAGGCAACCAGGAGGACCGUGCCUCUCAGGCCUCGACAGCGCUGCCGGCACCGGAUCGCCAGAAGCAGCAGCAGUGGGAUCAGCCAAGCAAGUGGCAAAGGCCCGGCUACAAGGGGCGUUCUGGAAAGGGUCAGGACACGGGCUCCUGGUGGAAGAAAGAUCAUGCUGGCGACCAGGAGCAGAACCUCGGCCAGGAGACUGUGGAGCUCAUCAAGGCCCUGACCAAGAUGUGCAUCCGCCACGAGGAAGAGUUGGGCAGGCUCCGGACGGAGACGAACUUCAUGUGCUUCUGCGAUGCGGACGGGGAGAUGAGUGUCGUCCCAGCUAUGAAGAAGGCCUCCAACAAGUGGCAGGAGAGCUACGCGGCCGGCACGGAGGCGCACACGGCGCUAUCACUCCUGUCGGACAACGGGGCGGCCAAGCUUCUGGGGAUGCGCUUUCGCCCAGAGCGAAUGGCGAAAUCGGCCAUGGGCAAGGCCGUGGAGGAAGCCUACCUCCAGACUCCUUACACGGAUUGGACACGCCGAUCGUCCACGUGGAACGCGCCAGCAGCAGCGCCGGCACCGGAGGGCGGCAGCAGCUAG